UAGGACCUAGCAGAAAGUCAGAAAGGAAUAGGAUUAUGAAACUGUAGAAAGGAAGGGAACCCAGGCGAGCAGAAUCACUCUCCUUAGCAUUUCACAGGCGUGCGCAGGGCCCCGCCCUUCGGAACAGAGGCCAGCUCCACUCAAAUCACAACUCACCUUGAUUACAGGUUUUUAUAGCUCUGCAUUCUUAAAGGCAAAUCAACUAGCUGCUGAAUCAGUGGACCUUAAACUUUACCAAGCACUGUUGUGUUUGUGUGUUGAUGUACUUGUGAAAGUACCUGGCUCUCCGUGGGGAGUUUCAAGAGGUGUGCUUUUUACUUUCUAGUUUGCUUGGAUUUAACUUGCUUGAGCACUUGCCCAGCCCUGCUGCUACCGCUGCUUCCCAGCCAGCAUUGUUUCAAACUUUCAAUGGAUUGAAGACGGCCCCCCCAGCCCCCUAGAAGAAAAGCAAUGUUUAAAAAGAAUACGGCCCCGAGAAGAACGCAGCAUGUGGGGGCGGGGCCUUCCACGGAGCAAUCCUACAUCUACAAGGUGGUUCUGCUGGGGAGCACGGCCGUGGGAAAGUCAAGCAUAGCCUUCCGCUAUGUGAAAAAUGACUUCAGGGAAUCCGUGCCCACUAUGGGAUGUUCUUUCUUCACCCAGCUGGUAUGUUUAGAGACUGCCACGAUUAAGCUUGAGAUUUGGGACACUGCAGGACAAGAGAAGUACCAUAGCGUUUGCCAUCUUUAUUACAGGGAGGCUAACGCUGCCCUUCUUGUAUAUGACAUUGCCAGAAAGGGAACUUUUGCGAGAGCAAAGCUAUGGUUGAGGGAAUUAGAGAAGGAAUUUCUUCCCGAUGAGCUCGUGAUUGUUUUAGUCGGCAAUAAGACAGAUCUUGCUGAUGAGCGGGAAGUCACCUUUGAG